AUGCGUGGGGGGUGGGUAGGGGGAUCCCGGGGGUGUUUCACUUCCAAUGGGGUUGGAGAUAGUGGAGAACUCUAUGUUUUCUACUUUACUUCACGCCACGAAGGGAACGGGGAAGAGGCAUCUUUGCGGAGUACCUCUCCCACCCAUCUUCGUGGCGCGAUGGCCAUGCAAGCGCACCUUUUACUCGGUCACAUGCCGCAGCAUAGUGAAGAGGCCAACAAUCAUGUUCUUUUCAUCAAGACAAAUUCCACUAUGGUAGUGCUUAAGGCAUUGAGCUGCUGCCAUGGGCGGCUAGAAAAGAAAAUGGAGAAAAGAAUAUAUUGUAUAUUCCCCCAUAAGAACACUUCACCCCAUAAGAAUAUUUUCUUCCACAAGUGUUUUGAUUAUUGGGAUCCCCCCUCGCGCACACACGCCAUGGCAUCAGCACAACCGCACGAACUCAUACGACACCCGGCCAUCGUGACGACGCUCGCCCUGAACAUCGCAACAAUGGUCGUCUCCCGGUGGGUUUCCACGGCGUGA